GUUCCUUCUUACUUAAAACGACCCGGUUUACAAAACAUUUUACCAAUGAUGCAAAAGCUUUGGCAACCUUCACAUAAACAACAGUAUGGUAGGGAGAGUUCUGCAGUAGGAACUGAUGGAAAUAAUGGAAAUUACGGUCCUUCCACUCCUACAAGCCCUACGCCCGUUCCAGCUUCUGGUCUUCUUCUCAUCCGUGUCGUUGAAGCACGCGGACUCACUUUACCUCCAGGUAUAAGACCACCACAAAUCCCUCCCCACUUUGUAUCAUCAACUCCAGCGUCUACGCGGGUAUUGAUCGACGCUCUAGGUGGUGAAGUGCAAAAUCCUAUUUGGCAAUAUAAGGCGCAUUUUGAUGUUUCGCGAGAAUCCGAUAUAUCAAUACAGAUAUAUCUCCGAAAAUCCACCCAAACCGGUCAACAUACUAAUGAUAUGGGCAAUGAUGUGUUUUUGGGUGGUGCAAAGAUUGUGCCUAGGUUUAAUGAACCAAAUAAAUUGCAUGAACAAUGGUACCAAUUGCAAGGUGGUUCAGGUGAUGUUCAUGUGCACGUCUGUUACAAAAAGGACCAUGCAAAUGUGCCCCUUACAAUUGAUGCAUUCGAUUUAUUGAAAGUCAUCGGUAAGGGCAGUUUCGGCAAGGUCAUGCAAGUCCGAAAACGAGAUACUUCUCGUAUCUACGCGUUAAAAACUAUACGCAAAGCCCAUAUUGUAUCCCGAUCAGAGGUGAAUCAUACUCUUGCAGAGCGUACGGUUUUGGCACAAAUAAACAACCCCUUCAUUGUACCUUUGAAAUUUUCUUUUCAAAGUCCAGAGAAAUUGUAUUUGGUGUUAGCUUUUGUGAAUGGUGGUGAAUUAUUCCAUCAUUUGCAACGGGAAGGUCGGUUUGACGAGGAUAGGUCUAGAUUUUACGCUGCGGAAUUGCUUUGCGCAUUGGAAUGCUUACAUGACUUCAACGUGGUUUAUCGGGAUCUAAAACCCGAAAACAUUCUUUUAGAUUAUUCAGGCCACAUCGCUCUAUGCGAUUUUGGCCUUUGUAAACUGAACAUGACAGAAUCUGAGACUACCAAUACCUUUUGCGGGACACCUGAGUAUCUCUCUCCAGAACUUUUAUUAGGCCAAGGUUAUACUAAAACAAUAGAUUGGUGGACUUUGGGAGUUUUAUUGUUCGAGAUGUUGACAGGUCUACCGCCUUUUUAUGAUGAAAAUACCAAUGAAAUGUAUCGAAAGAUUUUGCAGGAUGAAUUAAGAUUUCCUGAUGAAGUUAGUGGCGAGGCUCGAAGUUUAUUGUCAGGGUUAUUAACCAGAGAUCCUAACCACCGCCUUGGGAAUAAUGGUGCCCAAGAAAUUAAGGAUCAUCAAUUCUUUUCUGCUAUAGAUUGGAAAAGAUUGAUUCUAAAAAAAGUCCAACCGCCUUUUAAGCCCAGUGUUGAAUCGGCUAUUGAUACUUCGAACUUUGACGAAGAAUUCACUUCAGAGACACCUCAAGAUUCACUAGUCAACGAUUCACAUCUUUCUGAGACCAUACAACGACAAUUCGAUGGAUUUACAUUCAACCCUCAUGAAGGUGUAAUGAGUGGAAGUAUGGCAAAUUCAGUAUAG